AUGGGCAAAGUCCUGCCCGGCUACACGGACCCUCACCUGCAGUGCGUCACGCCUUCCGUUACCACGUUGAAGGAGCUGCUAUCGGACCUUGAGUAUGCACAGAACGUGAGCGGCUUCCAUGACUCCAGCCUCAACGUCGACACUGCCGUCCUGAAUGCCACACUAACAGCACUGUGCAUUCAUCUUGAAGAGGAGCUGUGGCAAACAGCGACACAAAAGAAGCAGCAAUUUGUCCGUGUAGACCUCAAGGCGUGUAUCAACAUCAAGAUCAUCGCAGGGGGCAGGGAUAUAGACAUACAUUCAGCUCCGCAGGUCCAAGAGUACACGUACCGCACGAGGCACGAUGACACCCUUGAUAGCCUUUGUUACGUGACCAAAGAGGCAAACGGACAGCAUAACGCCCGCCCUGCCGGGUUCGGAGCAUCAUUCGAGACAGCUUGGGUGGACACUUGCAGGCUACCCUUAGCGGGUGAGGUGGAGCUUGGAGAGACCGCUAAGAAACUGGAGAGCGCGCUGCUGUCGGCCAUGCCUAUGGCGCGGAUUCAGAAGUGA